CUGGAAGCAAUAGCGCAUUUUUAUAUUGGCGAUACAAUUACAUCGAUGCAGAAGACAUCACUGGUACCAGGAGCAAAUGAUUGCUUGGAAUUUGAACUUUUCCAAAAUUUGGAAAUGCACAUGAGAGUGGAAUAUCCACCGCUUUGUGGCCGUGAUCAUCUUGCAUAUCGCUCAUAUUACUUCCCUGUCAAGUCGGUGAUUGAUGGCGAUCUUUGUGAACAGUACGCGCUAAUGCCAUCUGACAAGCAAAAAUCAGUUGGUGAAGAACUGGGAAGGAAGCCAAUGGAGGUCCUUUUUAUAAUCUAA